AUGACAUUGAAAUUGGAAUACGAGGCUGAUCCAACGGAGAUCAUAACGGCGGUGAUCGUUGAUCAGAUAACGGGAGACCCGAUUCCAUUCGCACCAUGGGACACAUCAGAUGAAAGCGCUCGUAACGCUGAUCAAAAGGCUCGCGACGAAUUGUGGAACCUAAUUCCACCAAGCGAUCGCCAGGACGCUAACGCUCAUAAGAAUACGAUGACCAGCAUGAUGCGCCAUCGAGCAGAAAUGGACGGAGCCCACCUACGGAUCACAAAGACAAUGAACGAUGGAUCGUACAAAACGGUGUUCUAUGAUGAGAAACUCAAUCCUUUGUGGGAAGUAAUGACGCAAGCACCGAAUGUAGCGACGGCUCAUCUGGAAAUAAACCCGGCACAAGAAGGUGGAGCCGGAGAGAUGGCAGAGGCCUCCGUAGCCGAAGUAGCAGGAACGGAGAGUACCCAACGACCAUCAAAAGGAGAUGACUCAGAGGAAGAAAAAGAUGAAGAUGACUCGGCGGAAGAAUCGACCGACGAAGAAGAAGACAACGAAGCAGUUGAAGAGGACGAUGCCCCUCCAAAAGUUGUCGUUAAACCUUCCAAAGCUCGUCGUCCAAAAGUCGCACCAAAACUGGAACAAGCCAUGAACCGCGAAAAGGUUAAGAAAGGUGACUUCCUAAAGAAACGAAGGGAAGAAGAGGAGAAGAAGAAAAAGAGCGGUGACGAAAGCGAAAGCAAAAGCACCGGGAAAAAGAGAGAAGAGAGAAAGAAAAAGGAUAAACCGUCUUCCCCUGAUGUCGAAAUCCUGAACGAGUCUGUCACAGAAGUUGGUGAAAGGUCAUCGACACCCACAACUUCAAAGAAACUCAUUAUCGAGUCGGCUACAUCAAAGUCAAAGGUCACCGAGGACGAGCCGCCUAAACAUAAGGGAAAGACCAUAGCUAUCAAACAAGUUGUCCCGGUUAUCAUCUCGGCAUCUACGUUAAAAGAACGCAAAGAGAAAGGAAAGCGCGAGAAGCCUAAACGAGAGACGUCUCGCGAAUCGGAAGCGUCGGAAGUGAGCCUACCAAGUACUUCGACGGUUAGUACUAGGUCACAUACAGACUCGAAACCGACUCGAUCAAGAACCACAGAACCAAGAAGCCUGGCAGAAGUUCUGGAAAAAGGGAAGAAAGCAAAGAGCGAACCCGUUAAAACUAAGAGAAAGGGCAAGGCACCUAUGAAGAUUGACGCAUUGGCGAUAGCAAAUUACAUUGAACCGGACGGAGAAAGUGAACUUGAUUACUCCGGAGAUGAAGCGGAAUUCGAAGAUCCAGACAGUGAUAACAUGACUACGAUUGAUGAAAUUAUUGAUGCGUUUGAUGGAGCCGAGAAGAAUUUCACGCGGAUAAGAACGACAUCAGUAACAUCGAAAUUCAGAACGGGCCUGAAGAAAUAUUUGAGAAAAGAAAAGCAUCGCAGUUUCACCAAACAAAAGUUCGAUGUGGUUUUGGAAUUCGCGCUGAACGCGGGAAAACUCAUUCAGAAGCACCCUAACUUUGCGUAUAACGCUAAGUUAUUCAGACCGUCAAGUUCAGAUAAGGCGCUGACGACUCCCAAUGAAGAUACCGCAAUGCGAAUCGAGAGGGCAAUUGCAGGAAUGACAAGCCCGCUGGGGUCAACGAGUCACCGGAUCAGCCAAUAUAUCAACGCUGUUUGGAAUGACGGAAAAGGAAUGAUAAAGGAAAUUGACACGGCCACUGAACGUGUAUUGCCGAGGAUGAUAAAACAGAACGUUCUUGCCACAACGAAUGCACAUAGAGGAUAUCCGAUCCGAUACACGAGAGUAGGCCUGAUACCGCCGGAAAAACAAACCCAUUGUCACAUGUCUGACAGCCAGGAGAUGGAAAAAGCUCCAUCGAGCGGCGACCCUUCCACUCCAAUACUGAAUUUGAUUGCACAAAAGACCGCUGAAGAAGCAGCAGCAGGGGUCAAAUCACAGACCUCGAGAAGGUCGAAAGCGAGAGGACCAAUGGAUGAGGAAUCAGAAGAAAGUGACGACGACACUACGACACAGACGCCCCUUGAACCGGCAGAAAAGGAUGACCAGCCUAAAGGUCAAGGAACAUCCGGAACUGUGACGGAAGCUCAAACGAAAGGUCAUGAGACUUCUCAAAAAGGAGCGAAAGAAAAGAUCAUGCUCCCAAUGGAGAAAGCGGCGGCGGAAGCGGAAGCAGCAGCAGCUGCCGCGCGCCAGGUGUUUCAGAGGUCAUUAUUCGCCCCAUUAAAGGACGUUUUUGAGAAAGAACGAUCAAAGUCGGCGGGCGAACUGGGAGGUCAUGAGACUCUACCGCAGGAAGAGAAAACGGCUGAACCGAAAUCCGCCCAGUCAUCAUCCGGAUCAUUGGCAAAGUUGACAAUCGAUGACAAACGGAGCCAAGAAACGGACUCAACGGACUCGGCACAAUCCCCCCAGAAAACGGAAAUCAAAGAGGCGACAGAUUACUCGCUCGGAGCACCGUUAGACGUGAAUAAUCGGACAUGGAACGAAGUCCAAGCGGCGCUUCAGAUUAUUCGAGAAAAAGAAAUGCUCGACGCCAUUGGAGGUACCAACGGAGCGUCAUGGGGUGACCUUUCGAAUUUCAUGGCCGUCCAUUACGAAUUGGGAGAAUUGAAUAUCGAAAACGAUAAAGAAUGGAUCAAGAAUGCCGUGGAGGCACUGAUUUCAGAUGAAGUGCUCCAUAUUAAACAGGACGGCCGAGUUGACUUUAAGCCAUAUCAACCGCCGGCGAAGGAAUUUAAAACGGAGGAAAUGGCACAAAAAGGUCAAGCCUCUUCUAAAAGCUCAGCGUCGGAGAUAGACAGAUCUACGGGCUAUAACCCAAAGUGUCCGGACUGUCUACGGAAUAACAAGAAGGUUGAUAAGAAAUUCCCGUGCUACACAUGUAUCCACAAGUUGGGAGAUCCACAUAUCGUCUCACUUGUCGGGAUUAUGGAAGCUAAACGUGGUAACCUAGAUGUCUUCCGAAAUCUAAUCAGCGCAAGGAACUACGGCAGCAUCCCAGUAGAAGAACGAAUGUUACUUGAGGACCGUUACCGGGAAGCGAUCCAGAACAAUGAGAGUGGCUGGGACGAGACUUUGGAAUCAUUGAAAUGUCCGCAAACGGACGCUUACCGCAAGAAGUUCGAAGAGGAUAGAGAGAAAAUGCGAGUACAGAAAAUGGAAGACGAACUUCGCGCGAAAAUUAACGCGGAAAAUAAGCGUUUAAGUGAACAAGCUGCACGGGAGACGUCGACCAGUUCGUCAAGUUCAGCUGUACCUACAGCCAGUCUCAACGACGAUGAAGCACAGUUAAUACGUCAGUCCCUCAUCAUUCAGAUUGAUACGUUGACGAAAGACCCCGCGGCUAUGCCACAGGACUUAUUUGACAUGUUAUUACGAGAAAAAUUGAGACUACAGAAAGGUUUCGCUCCAGCGCCAUACAUCAAGAAGGCAGUCGAAGAGCGUAUGGAAGAGCUGCGCAGAUCCCGUCAAACUGAAAGUAACGUCCUGCAAGCGCUCAGAAGUUUCAAACGGGAUGAAGGCUUUAUACGACCUCGAUCGCCUCCGCAUAGAGAAAGGUCACGCGGACAUUCACGCGAACACGAGCGGACCUCUGGAAGACGAAACGAAAGGUCACGCGAACACUCUCGCGAAAGGACACGCGAUUACCGUAGCGAAAGGUCACGCGAGCGUUCUCGCGACCAGGAUUACCGUGGCGGAAGAGGAUGGGUACGCCAUGGAAACGAGAUCACCGAAACUAGUAUUCAGCGAAAAAUCGACACGGCAAAGAUUUUGGCCGCGACAAGAGGACGCGAAGAACAACGGCGUGCGGAGACGUUCCGCACAGAGCCUGAAAAAGAAGGUCAUCAGGUGCCGUUGGAAGUUCCAUUCCGUAAUCGCAAUGUCCGAAUGUCAACACCUGAAAGGUCAUGGGACAAGCGACGCGAACGUACCCGAAAUCGAACACCAGACCCACGGGAUAAAAGAUGGCAAGAGAGAGAUAAGUACUAUGCAGGCUUUGAAUCUGGUGCGAGCAAAAGGUCAUCGAGCGCGGAACGAGAAGAUACACCACCAAAGCAUCAGCGAAUGGAGUCAACAGUCCAUGUGGUGGAUCCAAUUAUAAGCACCGUUCAAGAAGACGACUUGAUGGAAGGGACUAGCUCGAUUGCGGAAGCGUCUCAAGAAAACGUGACCCAUCGACGAAAUGUGAUUCUGGAUAGUGACCUGCAACCGGCUUUAUCGGCGAGUAAUGAACCGCCGCAGCGGGAACUCGAUGAACGACGUGAGCAAGAAGCUCAGCGUGAAGCGGAUGACCGGCGUGUAAAUGAGCAACGCAAAACUUCCAGAUUUAAUAACCGACAUCCUGAGUCUGUCGAUAUGGAAUAUAACAUGAACGACACUGACGAACAAAAGGUGGAAAUUUGCCGAUACUUCGGGAUCGAAGGCGACUCGGCAGAGGCGAAUAAAAUUCAUACCGCACUGAAUCAGUUGCGUCAGUUUUUAUUUGACUCGGGAUAUGCGAAAGAAAUUAAGGAGGGAGUGGAACAAGGAACCUUCCGUCGGUUAUAUAUACCCCGUGACUCAAUAAGAGAUUGUUAUCUCCCUAUCCGAAGGAACGGAUUACACAGCCUGGUGGAUUUGAACCUAUUGGAUGUACCACUGGAUACAACAGACCCAAUCGGGAUGACCCAAUUUUACUAUCGUGAUUAUCCGGAAAGACAAGAAUAUGUGGCCCAGUUCGUCUUACGAUAUGUGAAUCCAGCUUUCAAGUUGUUAGCAGCACGAGCAUCGAUCGGAUUACAGGUGGACCCGAAAGAUUAUGCCGCAAGGUAG